AUUCUUGCAGCUCGUGUUUUGGACAUUCGUAUUCGAAGCGAAGGUUGCGAUGAUCCAGGAAGAGCAUCCCCCUGCGGCAAAGCUUACAUUGAGGUGGAUGGGACAGAUUACUCUCCUCAAGGAAGAGGAUAUAACGUUGUUGUUGUGGAUGGUGAAACAGGUGUCUUCCUUGAGGCAAGAUCAUUUGAUACUUAUGCAGAUAGUUCGAGCGGCUAUCAUUUGAGAGACUUCCUCAACAACCUAAGUGGCAAUAAAAUCGUUUUGGUUGCUACUCAAGAUUCAGCCUCCAAGCACAUGUCACCUGCAAUUGAAGCUCUCAAGAGACUGGGUGCUACCGAUCCUCUUCAGGGAAACCACCGAGAUUCCUUUGCUUUCGCUGGAUACGCAGGAGUUAACAAACCACAAUGGAUCACACAAAAAAGAGCAGAUAGAUACCUAGGACCCAGUGAGAUAUUUCCGCAAAUACCGCUGUCAGGACUAAUUUAA